AUGUCAACACCAACCAAAAAACUGAUCAAACUAGUUGACAAGCAUGCAGGAGACGCCAAUUCGUACAUCGACGCUCAAAACUUGAUUUCACAAGGAGCAGAUAUUUUGGUACCUACCAAAAAUGGUUAUAUGAUCGACUCUGUUAUCGCAGAGGAAAAACGACAUAAGCUAGUACAACCGAUAAAAGCUCAAAAUUGUCAAUAUUUAAUUCAAACCUUACAAUGUCGUGCAUCUGAUCUGCUCGCAGAAUCUGUGUUGGCUCCAAACGGUGGAGAUCUUCUUACGAUACAAUUACUCGUUAAAUUAGGUGGAAACUGCUAUCAAGAAAAGUACGAACCACUUGGCUUAUUGGGCGAAAUGCUGAAACAGGAUAGAAUUCCUAUUCGACAUGAUGUGGUCAAGUUUCUUCUCAAUAAUGAUCAGUACACCAGACAUUGUUUGACAAAGGCAGAUGCACAACAACGAACAUGUUUAUCGUUAGCCAAAAAUAAUCCGAACUGUUCAGAUGCUGUAGUAGAUUGUUUACAGCAGCAGUUCAACAUUUUAUUGAAUCAAGUUCCAUUCUCAACAUCUGUAAUCGAUGUCAAUGAAGUCAUAGAAUGGAUUCGUCGAGGUGCUGAUGCAGAAGCUACUGAUGAACACGGAAAUACUGUUCUUUCGAAUGCUGUUCGUGCCAAUAAUUUAACACUCGUACGGGCACUUAUUGAGUCUGGUUGUGAUACUGCAUGUGAAAAUCGUGAUAAAUUAACACCCCUUCAAAUUGCUGAAAAUGCUAUACCGAUAAAUGCUGUAUUAGUGAAUAUGUUAACCAAACAAAGCAUCAAUAUCGCAUUGAAACGAUUAAUUGAAAAGAAAAAAUCGAAUUUAAGAUUUGAAGAAGUUCAUACGUUAUUAGCAAAGGGAGCUAAUAUCAAUUCACUUUUCCCUAACAAUAAUACUCUUCUUCAUCUGUUAAUAGUUAAUCAAGGUACGCCAGAAAUGUUAACUGUUUUUGUUAACAAAUUCCAUGCUGACAUCACUGUGACGAAUAUUAAUGGAUAUCGACCUAUUGAAAUGUGUAUUUUACAUGAUAAAAAUCCAUUUGCUCUUAUUUCCACCAUUCUGAAAUUACCCAAAAUACAAACAGAUGCGUUUUUUAACUCGACAUUGAACAAGUCUAUUCUCAAAUUUGCAAUCGAACAAAAUCGUCCCGAAGCCGCAAAAAUGAUUCAAGAUGAAUUGAAUGUUCAUUUGUGGAACUGUAUUUCACGUGCGAAUACUGACGAUAAUCAUAAUGAAAGUCUCAUAACUGAAGCAGUAAAACUCAUUCAAUAUGGCGCUCUUAUUGAUCAUAAACAUUCGACAGACGACUAUAAAGAAUGGACCGUAUUACAUUUAGCAUGUAAAAUAGCAACGAGAAAAUUUGUCGAAAAUCUAAUUGUACGUUUGAAGGCUAAUUAUACAGUACCGAAUAUGAAUAGAGACUAUCCAAUCUCUAUUGCAGCCGAAUAUGGUCAACUAUCAAUAGUUCAGUAUUUACGAAGUUUGCUAAAUAUAAAAUUGAAUGUUUCCAAUAGAAAUAAAGAAACACCUCUACAUUUGGCAACGAAAAAUCAUCAUCUACUAGUCGUUCGCUAUUUAGUUUUGUGGGGUGCCGAUUAUCAAGCUCAAAAUUCAUCAGGACAAACACCACUCGAUAUAGCUCAAACGAAUGUAGCCAAAACAAAAGAAGAUGAAACAAAUGAUAAGAAACUUCUUUCGUUUUUUCAACGUUUGACUUGUCCAAUAGAUGAUCAGAGAAGUCAAGAUCGAGUUUGCUCAACUAAACCGACUCGUGAUCUUGAUACAUGUGAACUAGUAACACAAAUUUUCGUCGAUACAAUACAAAUAACUGAUGCCAGUGAUCAUGAUCAAUUAGGUGUCGUACGAAAACAUAUUUUUAAUAAAACACCCAAUGAACAUUUACAUGAUGCUGCUAAAAAGGGAGAUAUUGAAGAAAUGAAAAAAGCUAUUGGUAAUGGUGCUGAUAUUCGCUGUCGAAAAAACAACCGUACUGCCUAUGAGGUAGCAAAAAUGUCAGCAACUGAAUAUCAUCAAAGGUUAGCAUCAUCUUCAAUAAGAUUAGAUGAUCGUCAACGUUUUCAAACAAUGAUGAAUGGCUGUCAACAUAUAAUGGACGAGUUAUCUCGAGUCGCAACUGUGAAAUUGAUUGAAUCAAUUCAACAAUCUCAUUCGGGUCGAUUUUUAGCCUAUCAUCUUGCCGGUGCUUCUCUUAUACCUGAUUUGGUACCUUUAGCUUGCAGUAGUUCGGAUAAUAUUGAAAUUGUCCAUUAUCUUAUUAAUCAAGACGCCCAUUUUUUUAGAAUGAUGUUCGAAUACACAACACCCGAUUCGCCAUAUCAUAUUGCAAAAAAGAAAAAUCUUCAUACAGUUGCCAACUAUUUGAAAUAUCUAUUAUCAAAGGAAUGUACAGAAGCUAUAAAAAACAACAAUCUUGACUAUGUCAAACAACUUGUUCGCGCAGGAGCCAGUGUCGAUAUGAUUGACACAAAUAAUCUAAGUGAAGCACUGAAACAUCAAAAUAUUGCACUUAUCGAAUUUCUAUGUGAAAAUGGAAUCAAAAUGCCAGAAGAAUGGCUUGCAUCAAGAAAUAUUGUUCUUCCAAUGACAGUUUCGGAAAAAAUGGAUCCUAAAAUUGCAUUUUGUAUUAAUCGUUGUUUAAUCAAUCGUAGAUUACGUUGGGCUGCUGCCUGCGGAGAUCUGCAUGUAGUCAUUCAAUGUCAGCGUUUGGGUGCUGACAUCAAUUCGAAAAGCUGCCAUGGUUCAACUGCACUCUUAUGUACAAUUCAACAUGGAAAUUACUUUCGAAUUGUCCAUGCACUUGUCUCCUGUGGAGCUACAAUAUUACACUCAAAUCCUAACGAACCAAUGUCUCUGAUAGAACUCGCUAAAAAACAUAACUAUAAGCAUAUAGUUAAUUAUUUAUCUGAGGAACUCAAUACUCAAUUUAUGACUGCAAUUCUCGAGAAUAAUACACAAAGUGCCACAGUAUUCGAAUCUCUUGGCGCCAAUUUUAAUUAUCAAGAUGAACAAAAACGUACGCCAUUGCAUUAUGCAAUACAACAUCAUGGCAUCGAUCUUGUUCAAUGGCUAUGCGAUCGUGGUAGUACUCCCAUAACGGCUGAUAUCAAUGGUGAUUAUCCGAUUACAUUAGCAGUCGAAAAAGGCGAUUUUGCUGUUGUUGAACUGUUUGCAAAAAAAUAUCCGGCCACAAAAAACCAAACAAAUAAAGCUGGUAUUACUGCUCUGCAAAUUGCUCAACACCUCGGCUUUAAACGUAUUGCUCAAUUAUUACUAUCUGAUUCUAUCUUGUUCGAGGAACCUAGCAUACCGAACAUCCCUACCAAAUCGACACAUGAUUAUAAAACUCUCAUAGAAGCAUCAAAAAAUGGUCAUAUAAAAAUAAUUAAAGAAUUUUGCGAAGAACGUUAUGAAUCAAAAGAAGACAAGAAAAAAGUGUGCUCUAAACUAAUUCAAGUUGCUAAAGAAUACAAACAACAAGAAAUUGUAGACGUUCUAGAACCACAUCACGAAAAACUGAAAACAGCUAUCCCAUCAAACGCAGUAUUCAUUAGUGAUCUGGACUUAAAUGAACGGUACAAACGAAUCUUAUCCGGCUUUUUGGGUGGACUAAGUGCAAUUAUUGCCGAAAGUUCUGUUGUACUAGAUCCUGACGAUCCAAACACAUACAAAAACCUUUUUUCGGAUUUAACUUCUAAUGUACGAAAACGUGCCAAUCAACUUCAAAAUGUGAACAGUGAAAAAGAUAUCCAUAAUUUGAGUCAACAAGAUAUGGCGAGUAUUGAGCAAAAGCUGGAAAAAAUAACCAAUGAUUUGAACAAGAUCACUGAUGAGAAAAUAGCUCUAAUGAAGCAGAUUGAAGAAGCUGAUCAACAGCUGAAACAACAUACCCUUUCUGCUCGUCAACUGAAAGAUAUUUUUAAAAAUCGAGAAACUUUAAAGGAACAAGUGGCUAGUCAUGAAUGUUCAAUUUUCUUGUACCAACGUGAACAGGAAGCCAUAUUUAAUAAACGAAAUAUACUUAAUUUCAUCAACAAGAAUGAAAAUUUAUCAUUGUUCUAUAAAACAGUUGAACAUCUUUUGCAAGCACUAUUUACCGGUAUUUUAGCAGCUCAAAGUGGACUGUUGGUAUCAACAAUGACGGCGGGCUAUGGUGCGGCAUCCAACAUAGUCGAAGCUGUUCCAGCAUCGAUUAUACCAUUGUCGCAAGUUAUUAUACAACCAAUCAAAGCUAUACUCUCUCGCGUUUUGUCGAAACUUGAUGAAAAAAAACAAAAAAAGGAAAGAUACAAUAUUUCGACACUUGGGAAUAUUGAAGAAUUGGGACGUGCUGCUUCUGAAACGGCCGGCUUGGUUACACUCUAUUACAAAGAACAAAUUCAAUCUAUUGACACGUCGCGAAAAAUAAAAGGCAGUAAUGUCUUCAAUGAUAAAAUCAAAUGGAUAAAAGAUGUUUUUGUUGACGUACGUCCAGAAGAAGCUGAAAAAAUGUCAGUAAUUAUUGUUGCAGAAUAUGUAGUCGCAUGGAUUAUCGAUGAUUUGAAAUCAGGUAAACCAAAUCAUACGGAGCCAUUAGCUGAACAACUCUGGCUCUGUGUAGCCAAGAAGAAUCCUGUUGAUCAAGGAAAAGGAACAGCAAUGAGUGAUGCUAUUGGGGCUUCGGCCGGUCGUCAGAUGAUACCAUUAAAAAAAACAACGGACAAGAACGAAGACAGAGCUGUUCAAUUGCGACAUUUUAUUGGUUGUGUCUCGGUUCUUGGCAAUGAUGGUGAUGUUUAUCAUUAUGUCGAACAACGUAUGGAAGAAAUUGAAAAAAAAAUGCAAGAAAAAUACGAUGAGAUGAUGGUUAUUGUUCAAGCAGCAAAAACUGAAUCGAAUCAAGCUCUUGAGCGAGCAAGCCAAGCCGUUCAGUAUGGCGAAAUGUCAGUCAAACGAGCGACACAAGCAAUAGAACAUGCUAAACAACAAAUUGAAUUAACUGAACAACAACGGCAAAAACUUCAAAAGACCGCAGAAAAAUGUGAAAUUGACGUAGAACGAAUGAUUCUCGAACAGACACAAUUCUGUGAGAGAAACAUUUUGGAAGUAUGUGCUAAAGUCCACAAUGACAUGGAAAAUGCAAAGCAAUGCGCCGAACAAUCAGCUAUAAAAGCUAGUGAAGCUGCACAAGCUGCUCGAGAGACUGCAUCGUCUGCAAAGGAUACUAUGAAGGCAGCAAAAGAACAAAUUGAUAUCCAACGGCAAGAAAGCGAAAGAGUUCUGACAGAAGCCAAAGAAAUAAGAAAACAGAGUGAACAAGUGGUCAAAAUGGCACACGAUGCUGAGAAACAGGCGAGACGAGCAGCAGAUGCAUCCACAUCAGCAUUUGAAAGACUGGAAAAGCAAUCGAAGAAAAUGGAAACGAACUGA